GAGGGUGUCGUGGCGCUCGGCGGCCGGCGCCGGGGGGCCGAAGCCGCCUCCGUCCGGUUCGCUCCGGUUGGCUCCGGUUGGCUCCGGUUCGAUCCCAGGAUGCGUCGCGCAGGCCUGGGUGAAGGAGGACCUGCGGGUUUCCAUGGCAACUACGGCCACCCCGGCGGCGGCUACAGCGCGUGCGAGGAGGAGAACGACAGGCUGACGGAGAGCCUGCGCUCCAAAGUCACAGCCAUCAAAUCCCUCUCCAUUGAGAUCGGCCACGAAGUCAAACAUCAGAACAAGAUGCUGUCGGAAAUGGAUUCGGAGUUCGACUCGACCGCCGGCUUCCUGGGGGCCACUUUGGGGCGGCUCAAGGUCCUGUCCCGGGGCAGCCAGACCAAGCUCCUCUUCUACAUGAUGCUCUUCGCCCUCUUCGUCUUCUCGGUCAUCUACUGGAUCAUUAAACUGAGGUGAUGCCA